GCACUCGCGUCGACGGUUAGCCCAAGAAUGAAGGAUUAAAUAAUACGGAGUUAAACCAAUUUCAUCAUUGAGCAUGGACGACAUAAAAUGAAAUCUCUUAUCAUACGGACAAUUAUAAAAUUGGGUAAAUUUCAUUGGUAUUCCUAUGCUGAUUAAUUCCAUUUUACAUUUUUUGUGGUGCUAGAGAAUAUUGGAACAUUAAGAGUAAAGCAAAACACGAGACUGCCAGCUGAGCUGUCGAGGAAUGGGUGGUCAUGUCGCCUGAGCUGCCUUGUGAGCAACGUAUUUGCUUCUGGUCUUGUAUAAAGCUCAACCAGUAGUACUUCUUCAACAAAUUAGAUCAUAAUGAGUGAAUCUAGAAAUAACGAUGAAGAUUUCAAUGAAUGGUCCCCUUGGGAACAACAAACGUUGCUUGAGAUCCAGCGAGGAGAUGUUGAGGCUGUGUUUGUAACUAACUCGGAAGCAACUCUUCAAAAGUUAUACGCCUCUUUUCAGGGAGCUGCUCAAUGUUUAGCCGUUUUAUAUAAAGUUGCCUCAGACACGCGGCCCAGUAAUCCAGCUCUAUGGCCAUCAUUUCAAACAGCCGCCAGCACCAUUACUUCACAUCAUAAAGCCUGCGUGGAGUACAUCAGGAACUGCGAGCAGAUUGCACUAGAGGCAGGAUCUCAUCGGCGCACUCGAGACUUGCUCACGUGGUCCAAGAGAAGAAGAAUCAUACGCAGGGAAGAACUCAUUGCUUUUCUUGCUGGAAAAAGUCCUCCUCCUAAAGCCCACCAUAAUAGUUACAGAGGAAGCUGUCGAGCUCGCGUACCUGACCACCAGCGGCCGCGGCCCCGCCUUCCUCCUUCGCCACACUCUUCCCUGCCGCACUCCCAGGAACAGGACCUCAACACCUUCAGGGAAGCCCUCGGUAUUGCUGGGUCACCGACGACGCUGCACCGCCGUCGCAGCCACUUGCAUGAGCUGCAGAGCUUCCUAGCAGACGAGUUCACCAGAAACAAGCGCCCUGCGCCCUCCCCGUCACCCCCCAACGCCUCACAUGAUGUCUGCAUGGACUCUCCUCAGCACAAACGCUUCAAGUACACUUAGUACAGAGGCGCCCCACGUGUACGUUUUGUAAUAUUUAUGAUGGCUCCUCCUCCCCCUUCACUCGUGAGAGACUUCGAUGAUACGCGCUCAGUGACGCGUGGUGGGCAUCACGCAACUUCGUUUUUGUUCCAUUUAACUUGUUCUUUUUACGAAACACUGGAACUAUAUAAAUUCAUACUCUCCUCGACUACCAAAUUAUGAAAUUGUGGUGUUCAUUAAUUUGGCCAACAAUCAGCCGUUGAUUAUCGUUUUGGGAAGCCUGCAGUGCCUGUCAGAAAUUACGGGAGAUUGAUUAAGGAUCUUUUUAAGCGAAACGGUAAUGUAUGAUGAUUAUAAGUGGUAUUAGUGUCUGCAUUUCUCCUCUUGCCUACUUCUUCUUGUCUCCUUCUUGGUGGUGUUUUUGCUGUAUCUCUCUUGCGAGCUUUUGGAGUCAGCAAGCUGUUGCUUAUUGCGUAUGAACAACUUUCAGCUUCGGAGUGCCAAAAAUUCUUUUGUUGAGUACAUUUUCGUGUUCGACUUUGAGCUUUGCUUUCAAAUUUGACUCAGCUCAUAACUAGAAGAGGAUGAAGUAAACUUUCUAAUGUUAAAAGAGAUAUUCCUUAUUACUCGUGAAGCAUUGCGUUCUGCUCCCGUUUCUUUCUUUAAUUCACUCUGCUGUAACAAAAUGGAAAUUUUCUGAAACUCUGUAGCCCAAAUUGUCAGUAAUGCCGUAGUAUCUCGUCAGAUGAAUAAUGUGCAGGUUGCGUGUACCUUCUUCAGUCUGUUAGUCCGAGUGGCAUGGUCGUGGUUGCACUCAGGUGCACUUGGCGGGUAACGGCAAUUUUUGAUUUCACAAUAUAAAAGAAAAUAUAUAUUUCCCUCUCAACAUUUGUCUUCCUACAUAUUGUCCGUUUAAUUAUUGGGUAUGAAUUUCGCUGAUUGUGGAAUGAGUUUGAGUUCCACUUUGUACUUGCACGUAGAAGUUGGAUUUGUCCAUCACUGAUGUACCGAGUCCAUUGUUUGCCAGUUGAUUUUUAUGUUAAAUCGCCUCAAGGAUUCUAUUGAAUAUUAUUACUUUGAUCAGUACAGUAUUUCCAGGAAGCUUUAUUUUCUUUCUACCUCGUCAUCAGUUUCUGUGAACAAUUGCUCGCUUUACAGGAAAUAAGUUUUAUUAAUAAUACUGCUGGCUCUGAAGUUCUAACUAUAUUGGUUAAUUAUUAGAACAAGAACUUUAAUGUAAGGAUUACCAUGCGAAAAAUAUUCAUUGGGAGCACCUAAGGCUAAAAUUUCAGUGAUGUUGCGGAUUGAGUCGUUAAUAAAACUUCGAAUGUCCGGACCUCAAUCCCCGAAUGGACUUGCUUAUGAUAUGCAAAUUGCGUGACUUGCAUAACUCUUAUUUAGUUGCUAACUCUGAGCUUCUGAAAUCUAUGGAUAGAUGGAAAAAGAUGUUUUGGGAUAAUUCUAUUCACCAAACCGAGUACUGUAUUAUGUGACUUCUGCAUUAUGUAGCCUAUGUAACGAGUUCUGCAUUGUUACUCGUGUGCAGCUGUCAAUACAAGGGAAGUGGUGUGGAAGUCAAUUAAACUUCGCAUCGCAGACGAUUCACAAUUUGAGAGAAAUGUGAAAGUUAUUGAUCAAUCCACGAACAGUGUACAUAGUCUAUGUUUUGCAGCAAUCAUUACUUUCUCAUCUUGAAUCCUAACCUGUUCAGAUAAUUUAUUCAAACAGUGGAACUGUGAAAUUAUUCAAAUAUGGAAACAGUAAAACCUACGGUUCUUGCGAUGUUCAAAUUGAGUUAAGAAUUAGUGAAUCUCAUGCAGGCAGCUCUGAGAGUCGAAUUAUUAAGCCUAUGCGUUGCUGUGUAUAAUCUUCAUUGCAAGCAUUAAUCAAAUGCCUACGUUAUGUUUGAUCUAAAAGACUAAAACUGUUGUCAUGACCAUAGCUUGUUCAAAAUUCCCUAUUUUUCAUAAGGUUUCUGUUAUGAAUGGUAAAAUUUAUCUUGAAUAUUUACAUAUUUAUAUACAUGGUUGAUUAGUUCACUUUGAAUUAGUUACUUUGUUGUUUUGCCUAAAGUUGUAAAUUUUAUUAUUUUAAAUUUAAAUUCAGCACUUAAUGAUAUGACAAAAUGUAAGCGGGUACAGUUUCUUGGGUUUCAAAUCUUAGCUAUUAAAGUAUCUUGCUCCUGAUACUGCAACUUUUGUGUCUGAAUGAUACCGUAUCUUCGUACUUAUAGUAACACACAUCUCAUCAUGUAUGGUAACAAAGAAAAAAUGAUUUUAUUUAUUAUUAUUAUUUUUUUGCUUCUCUUGCCCCGAAAAAGACCGCUAAAUUGUGUUCAUCUCACGCCAAAAUUCAUGUCAUCUCUUUUUAGCGCAUUUUCUCAUUUAUGGUAAAAAGGCGCUAUUGUUUUAUCAUCUUUUGCUUCAAUUCUCUUUUAUCUCCUUUGUGAAUAAUAACUUCAGUUGGGCUAUGGCAUUUUGCUGCCACGAUGACAUUUCUGCCACUGCCACAUAGUAAUCAAUGGCUUGCUGCCACUUAGACGGCUUCUUGCUGCCACUUUGAUGACAAUUUUCAGACUCAUUCAAUGGCCUCUUGCCACACCUACGACAUUUGCUGCCACAUUGUUUGCAUUUUUUUGCCGCUUCGUUGAAAUUUUGCUGCCAAGACUUGCUUUGGAUAAUUUAUUGAUAGCGUGCAGUGUUAAUUUUGUUGAGCAAUAAAAUUGAAUUAGUAUUAUCGUUCGUGCAUAGGAAGCUGCUGGCUCACGUUGAUGUAAUGGAAUGGUUUAACACACCUCAGAGACCGAAUGGUUUGUAAGGCUUGGCCGUGUUGAAAAAUUUUUGUUCACUCAUAAGCUACGGUAAGAUUUUUAUGCAGCUGCUGGAUUGUGAAGCUUCCUAACGACGCUGUCAGAACAGUCUUCAAGUUGAGACUUGGAUGAACUUUCGGUAAUUUGCAGAUUAAAUUACGUUGAAAUAAGCUGACCUUUUGUUUUGCUGUCUCGUUAAUUGAAACGUAUUCUUAUACGAACAAAGUUUAUUUUACAUAGAUUUGAAAAGGUUAGAACUUUUGUUUGCUUCUGGAGUGCGGAUCCCAUUUUACGUUUUGGUUGGUUUCGAGUGCGCGGAUGCCUCGAUUUUUAACGAACCAAUGUUUCGAUAGUGAAAAUCCAGUGUGUAUAAUUGCAAGGCAGAAAACAUCGCGAUGUUUCCUGAACCUAGACUCUAAUCAUUUAUUGUCUAGUUGCGUUCACUUGAAUCCAAACGAAUUUCUCAUUUAUUUUUCUAUUUGCAUUUUGAGGUGAUGCACAGUUCGAAGCGUGACGAUGAUCUUAAUUUGAAACUCGUUGUUGUUCCAAAUUUCAUCCGUUUUGUUUGCCGACCUCGAGCAUCAGAAGGACCCAAUUGCGCUAGUGGCAUUGAUCAUGUGAAGCCGUAGCCUCUCAAUUCAUUUCAAAUUCUAUCUUUAAUGGGUCUAGAACUGCUAGUGUAUUG